AUGGCAAAUACAUCAACACCAACAUCUAACACGGAAAACGUCGAUAACAUUUCAAUAUAUGGUCAAGACAAUCCAGCAUUUUUAACGGAAGAUGUUAAUGUUGAUGUAAAACAAUUUAAUAGUUUUACAAAUCAUAUCAAUAAUUUACGUGUAUCAUUUCGUAAAGAUAGUAUAACAGUUGACAUUGAUCAACCAUACGAUUCUUUAGAACGAUUUGACGACAACAGCACGCAACAAUCAUCAUAUGAAGAAGUAGCUGCGAAUGUUUCAAAUAAAGAUGAUUCAACUAUGUUGGUUUUAACAUUUCGUUCAUGGUUUCUUGGAUUAACAUUUACUUGUCUUCUAUCGUUUGUUAAUCAAUUUUUUGCAUAUAGAACAUCACCAUUAACUAUUGGCGUUCUUGUUGCUCAAUUACUUUCGCAUCUACUUGGUAAACUCAUGGCAAAAGUAUUACCGUGUAGAAAUUUUAAAAUUUUCCGAUGGAAUUUUACUCUUAAUCCAGGUCCAUUUACUGUUAAAGAACAUUGUAUUAUAACAACAAUGGCUAGUACUGCAUGUGGUACAGCUUAUGCUAUUGAUGUCAUUACCAUUCAACGGUUAUUUUAUAAGCGAACAAUACAUACUGGUAUUGGAAUUCUUUUUGUUAUAACGUCACAAAUUCUGGGCUAUGGAAUGGCUGGUAUUAUGAGAAAAUUUCUUGUUUGGCCAGGAGCUAUGAUCUGGCCAACAAAUCUUGUUAAUUGUGCACUUUUCCGUACUUUACACGACGAUAAAGAUAACGAUAAAGAAUCACGUUGGACACUAUCGCGUUUGAGAUUUUUCUUCCUAGCAUUUCUUUGUCAAUUUUUAUGGUAUUGGUUUCCUGGAUACAUUUUUCCUGUUCUAUCACUUUUCUCGUGGAUUUGUAUGAUUAAACCUGAGAAUGUUAUUCUUUCACAGCUGACUGGUAUUAAUGGAUUAGGCAUUGGUUCGAUUGAAUUGGAUUGGAAUGCAUGGGUAUCAUUUUUGGGCUCACCUAUUGUUGUACCAUUUUGGGCUCAAAUUAAUAUUCUUAUUGGUUUUGUCACUUUAGCAUGGAUAAUAACACCGAUAACAUAUUAUAGCAAUCUAUGGAAUUCGAGAGUUUUGCCUAUUGUCAGUAAUCGAGUAUUUACUGCCGAUGGAUAUAUUUAUAAUGUUUCGGCUGUACUUAAUUCGAAGUUGCGUUUAAAUGAAACUGCUUAUAAACAAUAUGGUGAAAUUCGAAUGACACCAAUUUUUGCAUUUUCCUAUGCUAUCUCAUUUGCUGCAAUAGCUGCAGUUAUUGUUCAUACUGUACUCUAUCAAGGUAAAACAAUCGUAAAACAAUUUCGAUCAUCUUUAAAAGACAAUAUUGGUGAUGUACAUGCUAAAUUAAUGUCUCGUUAUCCAGAAGCUCCAGAAUGGUGGUAUACUACUUUGUUUAUUUUGGCAUUUAUUUUGGCAGCUAUUGUUUGUUAUUAUGGUGAAUUAAUGCCAUGGCAUUAUCUUUUUGUUGCUGUUUCUAUUGCAUUUAUUUUUCUCUUACCAACGGGUAUUGUUCAAGCUGUAACAAAUCAAUCGAUUGGCCUGAAUGUUAUCACUGAAUUUGUAGCUGGUAUUGUGAUACCCGGCGAUCCAUUAGCAAAUGUUACAUUCAAAACCUAUGGAUAUAUUACUCAAUAUCAGGCGUUAUUACUUAUUUCUGAUUUAAAAUUAGGUCAUUAUAUGAAAAUUCCUCCACGUGCAAUGUUUAUUACUCAAUUGAUAGGUACAAUUCUUGCAGGCAUUGUAAAUUUUCUUACAGCUAAUUACCUGAUGAACAGUAUUCCGCAUAUUUGUACUCGAGAAAAUCCACGUUGGACAUGUCCAAAUGCAAAUACAUUUUUUAGUGCAUCAAUUAUUUGGGGAGCUAUUGGUCCAAUAAAAAUGUUCGGUAAAGGAUCGAUUUACUCAUAUCUUCUUUACGGUUUUCUUAUCGGCGCUAUUCUUCCAAUAAUAACAUGGAGUCUAACGAAAAAAUAUCCAAAUAUAAAAUGGCUUAAACAUAUUCACUUUCCUAUUAUGUUAUCAGCUACAGCUAUAAUGCCGCCUGCUCCACCGGGCAAUUAUCCGUCAUGGUUAUUAGUUGGUUUUAUAUUUAAUUUUAUUCUUGCUCGUUAUGCGCAUACAUGGUGGAAACGAUAUGCAUAUGUAUUCUCGGCUGCUAUGGAUAGUGGUGUUGCCGUUGGUGUUAUAAUUAUCUUUUUUAUAUUACAAAAUAAUAAAAUAGAAUUUCCAACAUGGUGGGGAACUGGUGGAUACUCAGGAGAUGGAUGUCCGCUUUCACAUGCAAAUUACUAUGGAAUUAUACCAAGAGAACGACCGACAAUAGAUGUUAAUUGA